GACCAUGUCGGGUCGCGAUAGCGUCCAGAUCCCCGACGACCGCGACUUCGGCGCGUUCCGGGCGCUGUGCGAGUCCGAGCGCGGCUGGAGCCUCACCUACAGCAAGGGGGGGGUGGCGGUGUGGGUGCAGCUCCGCGAGCCCGAGCGCGACCUCCACAAGAUCAAGUGCAGGAUGGAGUGCCGGGACGUGCCGGCAGAGACCCUCUAUGACGUGCUGCACGACAUCGAGUACCGCAAGAAGUGGGACACCAACGUCAUCGAGACCUUCGACAUCGGGAAGCUCACCGUCAACUCCGACGUGGGCUACUACGCCUGGAAGUGCCCCAAGCCCCUCAAGAACCGGGAUGUCAUCACGCUGCGCUCCUGGCUGCCCAUGGGCAAUGACUACAUCAUCAUGAACUACUCCGUCAAGCACCCUAAGUACCCCCCACGGAAGGACAUGGUCCGAGCCGUCUCCAUCCAGACGGGGUACCUGAUCGAGGGGACGGGGGCCAAGAGCUGCACCAUCACCUACCUGGCGCAGGUGGACCCCAAAGGUUCCCUUCCCAAGUGGGUGGUGAACAAAUCCUCACAGUUCCUGGCUCCCAAGGCCAUGCGGAAGAUGUACAAGGCGUGCCUGAAGUACCCCGAGUGGAAGCAGCGGCACGAGCCGCACUUCAAGCCCUGGCUCUUCCCGGAGCAGAGCCGGCUCCCGGCGCUGGCGCUCUCCGAGCUCUCCCUCCAGCACGCCGAUUCCCUGGAGAACAUCGACGAGAGCUCCCUCCCGGAGGGCAGGGAGGAGCGCGGCGACGCCAGCGACGAGGACAGCCUCAACUGAGCCCCGGCACCCCU